CGACAGGCAAAUGAGCAUACCCACAAAAAAACAAUCCAUGUAAAUAAAUAAAAGUAUACACAUCUCUCUCCAAUGGAUGAUCAAAUUCAGAAGAUGAUUCAAGAACAAGAACCAAUGCCUGAGACCAUGCCAAAUGUUAUAACGGCCAUGUCAUCUCUCCUACAAAGGGUUUCAGAGACAAACGACGAUCUGAGCCGUCCGUUAUGGGAGCACCAGAGAAUCUCAGCUUUCAGUGCAUUGACCAAACCUUCUAUAUCGGUCAGAAGCUAUAUGGAGAGGAUCUUCAAGUACGCAAACUGUAGCGACUCGUGUUACAUAGUCGCGUAUAUAUACUUGGAUCGGUUCAUACAAAAGCAGCCGUUUGUGCCUAUUGAUUCCUUUAAUGUCCAUAGGCUUAUCAUUACCAGCGUCUUGGUCUCUGCUAAAUUCAUGGAUGACAUGUGCUACAAUAACGCAUAUUAUGCAAAAAUUGGAGGAAUAACCACAGAAGAGAUGAACUUGUUAGAGUUGGACUUCUUAUUUGGAAUUGGAUUCCAAUUAAAUGUGACGUUUUCUACUUACAGCAACUAUUGUUCUUCACUACAAAGAGAGAUUGUUAUGAGGAAGAUGUACUCUCCGCUUUCAGAACCUUCUUUCUUGAGUCACAAGAAUCUUCUGACGAGUUUGCAUGACGAAGAUUCACUAUCUAUUCAUCAGAAUAAGCAACUCACAACAGCUGUUUGAUACAUUAGAUCAUGAUUUGAUAUAUGUAUUGAAUGAAAUGUUAUAACAUUUUUGAAAACUUCAAAUUGAUUUCCCAAUAACUUUUUGAA